UCAACACCUUCCGCCAUAGACCGACCCAGGGAGACCUCUCGUUCGGAGCAAUGGGAGCAACCUCAGUGAGAGGGAAGGGAGGAUUGAGAGCAGGCGCGGGUUGGGUGGCAGGCCCAUCCCAGCAGUUCCAGGCACCCCUUCCUCAGUCUGCCGCACAAAGACCGCAGUUUGCUUUCGGUUCUGCCAGCAAUGAGGGAAGAAAUCCAGGUGGUUAUAAUUCCCACACUGGAAUUCCACAGAGACCCCAGACGGGUUAUCAGGCAAGAGGGGUGUUUCAGCCUGGUGCCCACACAGGAAGCACACAGGAUCAGAGGCAUAGGCAAGACACAUCCAGAGAACUGUCACCCUCGAAGGGAGACCCAUGGACGGUCCCAUCCACGAACAGGGCAGGAAUUUCUCGUAACGUUGUUGUUGCCUCUGGAGGAGUCUUGCCCCCAAACCAGCAAACAAAGAUGAGCAACGGGAACGAGGGAGGUUUUCCCCUGUCCGCCGUUCCUCACACCACCAACCCUGCACAAUUGAGUCCCAAUCCAAACUCGGGGACCUCUUCAACCACUUCAAUCGCUGACCCGCUGUCUGAACCGGUUAGUGUAACGAAGAGAGCACAGGGGCGAGCUCAGACUGCUCCAGAGGCAAAUCCAACUGCGAUACCGGAAGAGUCUCCAGAGGGGACGCAGGCUACUGCAAGUAUCCCAUCGGAUAAGGGAAGUCUUAACAAGCGCAAAGUACAAGAACCCGUCAAAUCGCAGAUUUUAAAUACCUCAGCAAUAGAAGGGGGUAUGGGGACCACUCACCCGGCAGCACAGGGAGCUGGUUCAGUGGAUCACGAGAAACUAACUCGGGGCGGAACUCUGAGCUCUAACUCUCAGACUCCAGUUCUUCCCAACGGGGGCAAGACACUCUCGUACACAGGGGUAUCAGCGCCGGACACGGUUUCAACAAAAGUCUCGGGAGAGAAGGAGGCCGCGAAGGUACACGAGUCCGGGGAUGCAACAGACUCCGAGGACACAGAUAGGCUGAUGGACACAACAGGGCUGGAUCAGCAGUUAGAUCCAAUAGAGGUUAACAGGCCUGAGGACGGGAGGGCUCAAACAAUGUCAGUAUGUAGGGUAGGGAGUGUGCCAGCGGACUCUGAGGGGUCGACGGACGAAGAAGGUCCGUCCAAAGAGAAAAGAGGUAGAACACUAUCUCCUGGGAAGGUUAGGAAACCGCGUCAGACACCGACAGUGGGCAGGAACCAGGGUUCCAAGUACCUGGUCCCCCUCAUCUGUAGGAAAACUCAGGCAGGUAUAUUUUUCCUUACAUACAAUAUGGGCACGGAUAUCAAGCUCAUCACCCGAAAACUGGUUGAUAGCAGCCCCACGCAGUCUGUCAUGAUGGCUAAAGUGAGGAACUACCUGGGCAUGAACGCCCCUGAUAAAACAAUUCCUGGUAUGGGUACUAGGAAAAUACAGCGGACAGGGAACGAUCACAGCAAAGUCCAGCUGUUCCUGGCCCCUUUCGACGUUAGACCCAGCGAGGCGGACCUCGCUGACAUAGCCCAGAACAAAGGGGGUUGGUGCCUGCUGGAAUGGGUCAAAUACGAGAACCUCCUGCGCGCUAACAUGGUCUACACGGCGGAAGGAAUCUCGGGUGACGUUCUAGUGGAAUACAACCAGCAAUUGUUAGCGGAUACUAAUCUCUUCUCCAGUUAUUUUGACAGACUGCUGUCCCUGCCAUGGCAAGGGAAAGGAAAUGGGUCAGACAUAAGGGAUGACAGGAAGAGGAAGACCACACUUGGUACCAGAAGCCCCUCCCCUGUUCUCAGAUCUUCUCUGAUCGUAACAGUAGGAACGGCAGAAGGGGAGACGGUCUCCACCUUCCCACCAGAAGACUUCUCCCUGAUCCAGAACGCAGGGCAAGACAAGGUCAAUGAAUAAGUUGAGGGUGGCCUCCUGGAAUGUCAGGGGUCUGGGGGACUCUAAUGAUAAAAUGAAAUGGGCACGUUUUA